AUGGCUUUGAAUAAGUUAACAACUAUUUUAUUUGUUGCCUUAUGUGCUUCACCAUUGUUAGCAGAAGAAUCUGCAAAGAAGAAUGACAGUGCAUCUAACUAUGGUGCUGCUCCAGCUCAACCAUAUCAAUCUCCACCAUUCUUCCCUCCAGCGCCUUUCCCACCAUUGUUUGGACCUCCACCACUUCCAACCCUUCUUGAUGAUCAUAUUUGUGAUGACCGUGCUGGAGUAUUAAUUACUAAUUUCCAAAAGCAUCUUGUUAACAACGCACCAUCAGGUGGUUAUGGUGGUGGUGGUGCAUAUGAUCCAGGACAUCAUGGCCCAGGUCAUCAUGGUCCAGGUCAUCAUGGUCCCGGUCAUCAUGGUCCAUUUAAUCCAUUCCACAUGCAUGGAAAUUCAAAACGAUUUUUGUGUGCCGAUAUUGCUGCUACUGAUUUACACUCAUGUAAUGUUUGCUGUCGUAUUGCUCCACGUAUUGAUAGAUCUAUUAGAGAACAAGAUGUUUAUGGAGUAAUUGUUGAUACUUUACAACUUAAUGAACCAAGAGACCAUCAUGAAGGAAAUGGUCCAGCUGGUUCAUACAGAAAGAAGAGAUAUUCAGGACCUGCUGCUGAUCCAGAAGUUCCACCUCCAGCUGCUCCAGCUCCACCAGAUUUUGUACCACGUGUACCAGCAAAGAAUCUUAAAUGUAUUUGUUGUAUGCCAAGAAGACGUACACUCGCUCCAAUUCCAGGACCUUUCCCACCACCACCAUUCCCAAUUUACCCACACUAUCCACCAUACCAACAAGGAUAUGGACCACAAGGUGGAUAUGGUCAAUCACCACAAAAUGGAUAUGGUCAAGCUCCAGAAUCAUCAUAUGCUCAACCAUCAUAUUAA